AUGGAGUCUGAUAAUAAAAAUAAAAAUAAAACUAAAACACCGGAGGAGGAGAGGGCAAGCGAGCUUAGUUCGCUUGCUGUUGGCGGGGAGAGCCAGGGUGGCUCUGGAACCCGUGGGGAAGCGUUGGAGUCGUCCAGCCAAUCCCUCACACGGGCCUUAAGUCGGAGGAUGUCGGAAGCAGAGUCUGACUACUCUUCCGCAUCUGGCGCUUACUCAUUGCGCAGCUUGAGUUCACAGCGCCAAAAAAAGGGGACGUUUAAACGUCCCAGGUUGAAGGAGGGCGGGGAUCCGUCCUCCAACGAGCAGGAGGCUCCAGCCCCUAAGAUCCCUACGGCUGCGCGGGGUAGGGGUCGAAGAAAGGGCUGCGAGAGGCCGAUGGCCGCUACUCGGGCCGAGUCAGCUGAAGCUGACUCAUCAGAAUCUGGCGGCGAGGGCUCGGUAGGCGACCUUGGUGCCAUAAAUGGCGACCUUUGCAAGGUGGUCAAACAAACACUCCGGACGGUGGCUGAGCAGAAGUCCGAGAAGGGCCGAAACGGAGUGUUAAGGCAAGCGAAGGCAGCCAUUAUGAAAGCGGCUCGACAGUGUGGACUGCCUUCAGCGGCAGGGCAGCAGAUGGCCGCCUUGCAAAAAGAGCUGGGGGAGAUGCGCCGAGAAAUGAUCCGGCUGACAGCCUCCAAUGCGGCUAUGGAGGACGAGCUUCGGUCAGCCAAGGCCGAGCUCGCCGCUGCUCGCGAGGGUCGACCCCGAGCCUCGCAGCCAGUGGAGGCCGACAUAAUCGGCCUGGUGCGGCGGGAGAUGGCUGCGUUCCAGCAGCGUUUUGACGUGCUGGAGAGCAGGAUCCUCCGCCCCCCACUCGCAGGGAGUCAAGCAGCACCGCGCACAUUUGCGGCUGCGGCGGCUAUGCCGACUACUCCUGGUCGGUCCAGCGGUGUCCGGGCCCAACCGCCGGCGGCUUCGCCGGCGCAGGCUUCAGCUGAAACGGUGGUGAGGGCGCCAACAGUUCGUAGGCGUGGGGGCGCCGUGCCUGGGCCGUCUACUGCCCCAGCUGUGGAGCCUACCCGAACUUCGGGUUCCCCUGCCAGCGGCGGCGGAUGGCAGGUGGUCGGAGAGGCGAGGAGGGUCGCCAAGGAAGGGCGAAAGCGCCGAAAAAAGGAGCAGCGGCAGAGGCAGCGGCAGCGGCGCAAGGAAAAGCGCGCUGCGGCAAUGCUUGUCGCCCCUAAAACCGCGGCUGUAGUGAUAACUCUACAGCCGGACGCGGUCAAAAGAGGCGUGACAUAUGGCGACAUCCUCGCCAAACUGAAGCAGGCGGUAACUCCCGCGGAGUACGGGGCCCCUAACGGGUUCUCUUUGAAAGUGACGGCGACUGGAGCCCGUUUACUAGAGGUCCCCGGCGCGACCAGCGGUCCAACCGCUGACGCUCUAGCCGAAAGGCUCAGGGUGUGCCUUGGUGCAGACGAGGCUCGCGUGUCAAGGCCAACCAAGUGCCUGGAGUUGCGUAUAAUGGGCCUGGACGACUCCGUGACGGAGGAGGAGGUUGUGGCCGCUGUGGCCAGGACGGGUGAGUGCCCUGCAGAGCAGGUUAAGACCGGCACCAUCCGUCCAGAUAAUUCGGGGUUGCGAACGGUUGUAGUGAGCUGCCCCGUCUCAGCGGCCAAGAAAAUAAAGGAGGGUCGAAGGCUCCUGGUAGGCUGGGUCUCGGCGCAGGUCAAACUGCUCGAGGUCCGACCUAUAAGGUGUUUCCGCUGCCACGUAGGUGACCACGUGAGCGCUAGGUGCACCUCGGAGGUGGACCGCAGUGACUGCUGCUUCCGUUGCGGUCAGCCCGGUCACAGAGCCGGCUCGUGCUCUGCCCCGCUACACUGUCACGCAUGUGCGGCGGGAGGAGGCUGGGAUGGAUUGCCAAUAAUAGCUCCAUUCCGCCUCCUUCAGGCGAACAUCAACCACUGCGCCGCCGCUCAGGAUCUCCUGCUUCAGAGCAUGGCGCAGUGGUCAAUAAAUGUCGCUGUGGUCUCCGAGCCGUAUUUUGUCCCGCCCAGGGAUCACUGGGUGGCGGACUUGGACGGCUCGGUGACCAUCAUCUCGUCAGCCGCCGCCGGUACCCCGACUCUCGAGGCCGUUCAGAGAGGCCGGGGUUGUGUCGCAGCACGGUUCGGAGAGAUCGCUGUGGUGGGCGUGUAUUUCUCUCCGAACCGAACUCUCGCCGAGUUCCACAACUCCCUGAGGGAGUUGGUCGCCGUCGUUGUCGGGUUCCGUUCCCUCCCCGUGCUAGUCCUCGGGGACUUCAAUGCCAAAAACUUGGCUUGGGGUUCCCGGUUUACUGAUGUUCGGGGUAGGAUGGUGGAAGACUGGGCCCUUGAGGCAGGCCUAGUCGUCCUGAACCGGGGUUCUGUCCCCACGUGCGUGCGGAUGCAGGGCGAGUCGGUGGUGGACAUUUCGUUCGCUAGCCCUGCUCUAUCACCGCGUGUCGUUGACUGGCGUGUCAUGGAGGAGGUGGAAACGUACUCCGACCACCGGUAUAUCCGGUUUAACGUCUCCACCGAGUCCGCGGACCCGCCGGUCAGACAGGCCCCAUGUGGCCCGCGUUGGGCGCUGAGACAGCUGGACCGGGAGCUAUUCCUGGAAGCCGCAAUCGUGCAGGCCUGGGUGAUACCACCGCACAGGCCUGCCGACAUCGACGAGGAGGCGAGGUGGCUCCAGGACGCCAUGUCCAGAAUCUGUGACGUGGCGAUGCCCCGGGUCCGGCCAGGUCAGCGCAAGCGCCAGACGUACUGGUGGUCGCAAGAGCUGGCUGCUCUACGCAGUGCAUGCACUGCUGCGCGACGCCGGUACACCAGGCACCGCAGGCUUCGUAUCCGUCCUCAGGACGCAGAGGUCAGAGAGGCGGAGUUGUACGAGGGGUACAAGGCGGCGAAGGCCGCCCUCAAAGCGGAGAUACGGCGGGCCAAAGAGAAUGCCCUCCAGGAGUUCUUGGAGACUCUGAACAGAGACCCGUGGGGACGCCCCUAUCGGAUGGUGCGGGAUAAGCUCCGCACAUGGGCUCCCCCGCUGACUCAGAGUCUCCGGCCAGAGGUAGUGGAGGAGGUGGUCGGCGCCUUGUUCCCCCGACUACAGAGGGGUUUCACCCCUCCGUCCAUGACUCCGCCCCCUGCGGUGCCCUAUGCGGGCCACAGCGAAGACGACGGCGACACAGUUUCGGAGGUGACCGAGGCCGAGUUGAGAGCGGCGGUGCGCCGGAUGGGCGCCAAGAACACCGCCCCGGGACCCGACGGACUGCACGGCAAGGCGUGGGUCCUGGCCUCGGAGGCUCUCGAGCCUCGAUUAAUUGGUCUCUACAGCGCAUGCUUGGAGAGGGGCCAGUUCCCGCAAUUGUGGAAGGCGGGUAAAUUGGUCCUAGUGAAGAAGCCGGGGCGCCCUGCGGACUCUCCGUCUGCGUACCGGCCCAUCGUGUUGCUCGACGAGGUGGGAAAAGUUUUCGAAAGGAUCAUUUCGAACCGCCUCGUCGCGCACCUGUCGGAUGUUGGGCCGGACCUGUCGGACGGCCAGUUCGGCUUCCGCAGAGGGCGUUCCACGGUGGACGCCAUCAUGCGUGUAAGAGACCUCACGACGGGGACUGCAGUGUCCAGGGGUAAGGUCGUAGUGGCGGUGUCCUUGGACAUCGCCAAUGCCUUCAACUCCCUGCCCUGGAGCUGCAUUUUGGAGGCACUUCGAUAUCAUCGGGUGCCCACCUAUCUCCGUCGUGUAAUCGAGGCAUACCUGACGGAACGGUCCGUCAUUUACCCCGGUCACCGAGGUGAGUGGAACCGACGAGAGACGUCGCGCGGUGUUCCACAGGGUUCGGUUUUGGGGCCGCUCCUGUGGAACAUCGGCUAUGACUGGGUGCUGCGCACCGACCUCCCGAACAACGUCAGCGUGGUCUGUUACGCUGACGACACACUGGUGGUAGCUCAAGGGAGGUCGCAUCAGGCGGCGGCUAAUUUAACGGCGAGAGCGGUUACGACAGUCGUUGAAAGAAUCCGGCAACUGGGACUCGAGGUGGCGCUCCACAAGUCCGAGGCCAUGUGUUUUUAUGGCCGCGGGAACGCGCCACCUCCGGGUGAGUCUCAAUUAACGGCGGGAGGAGUUACCAUCGGCGUCGAGACGACGAUGAAGUACCUAGGACUCGUCCUCGACAGUCGGUGGAACUUCGUGGAGCAUUUCCGACGUUUGGCUCCUAAGUUGGAAAGGACGGGGGCGGCGCUUAAGCGCCUCCUACCCAACCUCGGGGGGCCAAACGCCUCCUGCCGGAGGUUAUACGCCGGGGUCGUGCGGUCCAUGGCCCUCUACGGCGCCCCUUACAAGAACGUCAGCGAUUUCAGACACGAGUCUCGUAUGGUGAGAUGGCGCCGCCAGGCACACCAGGUAAAAUAUUCAGGCCAAGAGUCAGUCACGACACACGAUGCUCUUCCGACUUCUGAGACCCUGGUACCUCAUACAGAUGAUGAUAAUAUUACAGAUGUAAUUGUAACCGACAGUGCAAAAACUGAAUAUAACAAUACAGUUGUUCCAGCAGACGUUGAAACAUUCAGUAACCGUGAUCUGCUAAAAAUAUUGAGAAAUAAUUCCCAAUUUUCGGAAAAUACUAACAUCGAUAAACAUGAAAUAAAAGAAAAAGAGUUCCAUACUCACAGAAAAUCAAGAGAUAUUUUAAACGGCACUGUGACUUUUGGAAUAGAGUGCUAUUCAUGUUAUGGAAAUGAUACUUCAAGAAAAUCUACUAACUGUUUCAGCGGAGUCGCUAUCCCAUCAAAAAAAUGUGGUGAUGCUGAACACUGUUUCGUAGAACUUAAUCCGCUCUAUAUAAAAAGAGGUUGUGUAUUACCUGGAAGGGUAAAUAGAACAUUUAUAUGCAAAUGUCCUCUCUGUAACGACAAACCCUCCUUCGACAUUAGCCAUUACGAAUAUAAGAAACUCAACGAUUGGGAAUUUGAUAACGCUAGGCUUCAAGUGCCUACUACUGGAAUGGAACUAAUGUGCAAAGUUUGUGAAACUAAAGGGACGAACCCAUCGUCAGAUAAAAACUGUCGCUUUGGUAAAAAUGCAGACUACAUGGUAUGUGGUCGCCAUCAACUUUGUUACACAAACGUUGACGAUGAAACAGAUUUCGUGUCCAGAGGAUGCAUAGCACAACCCCUAUAUAAUUCAGUUUAUUUCUUUUGUAAUAACACUGAAUGUAAUAAGGAGUCAUACAUUAACCCAAGAGAAAACUUAAGACUACGUCGGGAACAUGAUAUGUUGAAGGAUGACGUGCCAAGAAGACGAUCAUCGAGUUUAGGUUCAGAAAUUUGUAGUGUCCAUCCUUACGCUUUGAUAAUGAUAUUUUUUGUGAAAAAAGUUCAUCUAUGA